AUGGUGAACUACGACAUCGAUACCGUCUGCAUGACCGCCUUCGACAUUACUAUCUGGUCGAGUGCCAAGGAUGCACCCAUCAAGUACCUGGCGCUCGAGUCCAGGGACUCGGAGGCCUUCUUCUGGAACACUAGUGGUGCCGUGAGGGACAUCGCGACUCUCGAGCACCUGGAGAUACAUCCUACGCCAGGCUCAUGGCCGGAAAGGAAAAAGGCGCUCUUGUUGCAGGAUUGGAUCUCUCAGCUGGAGGUCUGGUACACCCCGUGCCCCCCGGCGCCAUUCCGCACAAAGAUCAUCAGCCCUUGGCCAGACGUCGACAUCCCUGAAGUUGGAGCGGAUAACUUUGACGAGAUAUCGCGGGCUUGGGACAGGACGAUGGGGUGGGCGUCAGACGGCUCAUCGGAGGCUGACGAGCCGUUUCCAGAUGCGCCCCCUCAUGGUACGGAUAUGAGAUACUGGAUAUGGCAAAAUCAGGCCCUACGCUGA